CCUCUGCAAUGAGAUCGACGUUCCUCCUUCUCUCGGGCUUAGCUUCUGUGUGCUUCGCAGCUUGGGUGCCCAAUACUUUCAACCCGUGUGCUCUCGACGCAGAAAUCAUGGAGACGCUCAUCAAUUGUGGCCUGCCAAAAGCCCCACCGAAGGCACUGGAAAUUUGGAACAAGCGUACGCUGGCGAUUCCCGGCAUGAGCGCGACCGACCUUAUCUUGGAGGUUUGUCGCAUCAAUGGAAACGCAGGCUACACGCUCUGGAGUCAAAUGAUGAGUGAGUACGACCCUGAAGAUGCUGCGAUCGUCGACAAGAACGCCUACGAUUGCCUAAAACAAUACAAUCUCCUCGUGUGACCAGUCCUCGGAAGCUUCUUCCAUCUUUGCCUUCUUU